AUGGACACGAUGUGGAACAGGUUGGACCCGGAUAUUGAACCGUUGCUGCCCCUGCUUCCCUCGUACGUGUUACAAUGCGAUCAAUAUGACGGAUUGAUCAUCACGGGAGCGCCACGAGAAGACGAGUGGGAAUGCCUCUGCCACCAUGCUAGACACAGUAUCCUCCGGAAGCUCUGCAACAUCUACCCUGGCCCAUAUCCUCUACCUAGUCUUCGCGAACUCUCGUGCUGCGACGGCCCAUAUCUCCGUGACAUCUGGAGGAAGCUUAUGUCACCUACCCCGGAAGAUGGGUACAUGAUCAACCUAGCCGAAUGCAACGUCACGGCCUUCCUCGACGCGCUACUCCACUGCCUGUCGCUGAAAUAUCUCCACUUAUUGCCGAAGGGGGAACCUCACCACCUUGAGAAGCUCAUGGUUGUCCGCAUGCAGGCACCGACUAAUGUAUCUGCUCAGCUGAUUCCGAAGCAAGUCUCUCCUUUCCUUCUUGGAUCCUAUCCGCUGAGCACCGUCAACAUUGCCUCCGGUCUGGACGACGAGCUCCGGGAAGAAUCGUACGCAAACGCCAUUGAACUGGCGCGGGCACGGUACAUUAACAAGGUCAUAGAGGCACUCGCUCCAAUCACCGCCUCAAACAGAUCCACAUGUAGAUACAAGAUUGGCACAUACGCUUUUGUGCCCAGCGCAGACUUGCUGGCUCCGCUCCUCCGCCUCCAGGCUAUCACGGCUCUCGAUCUUGACGCAUGUCCGGCGGCUCUGAGCUUCGACGUGUCCGAGCGGCCGAACACGCGUCACCUCGAGCCAUGCGAUGUCACUGCCCCACUUACGAAGGCUGAAGACCUUCUGCCUUUCAUCACCGCUUGUCCCAUACUUGAGAUCAUAGGACUAUCUUAGCGGCGAAAUGG